AUGUUUGAUCGUCCGAUGGUAGAUCCGAAGAAUAUUGCUUCGAUCAUUUUAGGUGGAGGUGCUGGUACACGACUCUUUCCUCUUACCGGAAGAAGGGCAAAACCAGCUGUUCCAAUUGGGGGAUGUUAUAGACUAAUUGAUGUACCCAUGAGUAAUUGCAUCAAUAGUGGGAUUAAAAAGAUUUUCAUCUUGACUCAAUUCAAUUCCUUUUCCCUUAACCGUCACAUUGCUCGAACUUACAACUUCGGAAAUGGUUUGAAUUUUGGCGACGGUUUUGUCGAGGUUCUUGCAGCUACUCAAACUCCAGGAGAAGCAGGAAAGAAGUGGUUUCAAGGAACAGCAGAUGCUGUUAGACAAUUUGUUUGGGUAUUUGAGGACGCGAAGAACAAAAAUGUCGAACACAUUGUGAUUUUGUCGGGUGAUCAUCUAUAUAGGAUGAAUUAUUUGGAAUUUGUGCAGAAGCAUGUUGAUACUAAUGCUGAUAUUACAGUUUCUUGUGUUCCUAUGGAUGAUAGUCGAGCAUCGGAUUACGGGUUGAUGAAAAUCGACGAAACAGGUCGGAUAAUUCAAUUUGCUGAAAAGCCAAAGGGUCCUGCACUUAAAGAUAUGAAAGUGGACACUUCUAUUCUCGGGUUAUCGGAAGAAGAUGCGGAUCGAUAUCCCUACAUUGCAUCAAUGGGUGUUUAUGUAUUCAAAACUGAAGUCUUGUUAAAGCUUUUAAGGUGGAGUUAUCCUUCAUCUAAUGACUUUGGAUCUGAAAUUAUUCCUUCUGCUGUGGAACAUCAUAAUGUUCAAGCUUAUUUGUUCAAUGACUAUUGGGAGGAUAUUGGGACGAUAAAAUCCUUCUUCGAUGCCAACUUGGCCUUAACAGAACAUCCGCCAAAAUUUGACUUUAGCGAUCCAAAGACGCCUUUUUUCACUUCUCCAAGGUACUUGCCACCUACCAAAAUGGAAAAAUGCAAGAUUGUUGAUGCGAUAAUUUCACACGGGUGUUUUUUGCACGAAUGUUAUAUCGAACACUCGGUUAUAGGUGUUCGCUCAAGGUUAGACAGUGGUGUUGAGCUCAAGGAUACGAUGAUGUUGGGUGCUGAUUACUACCAAACCGAACCGGAAAUUGCAUCAUUAUUAGCAGAUGGAAAGGUUGCCAUUGGUGUCGGCCGAAAUACAAAAAUAAGAAAUUGCAUCAUUGACAAGAAUGCCAAGAUUGGAAAAAAUGUGAUAAUUGCAAAUAAUGAUGGUGUUGAAGAAGCUGCUAGGCCAGAAGAAGGAUUCUACAUUAGGUCUGGGCUCACUGUCAUCUUGAAGAAUGCUACAAUAAAGGAUGGGACCAUCAUAUAAUAAGUACACCAUUAUUAUUAAUUAGUGUUCUUUUGUAAACAAAGGUUGUC